AAGUUUAGCUUAGGGAUUGAAAGUGUUUUUGAAAAAUUUAAAAAAUAAUAAUAAUUAGAUCUUGACGUUUAUACAUUCGCCGAAUGCGCGCGUUUGAGCAAAUCUUGGUGUACCAUAACCCACUCUACUGCUGCAGCAGCACCAACACAGCCACAUUCUCAUCUCCGACAAAGAGCCGUCGGAAAUGGAGGAGACGACGGGGAACGGAGUAGGAAGAAGAAGAAUCGUGAAACAGAAUCAUGUAAUCGUAUUCCCUUUCCCAAGGCACGGCCACAUCAGUCCAAUGCUCCAAUUCUCGAAGCGAUUAAUUUCCAAAGGCCUUCUCCUCACAUUCCUCACCACUUCCUCUGCAUCUCAAUCCCUAAUUCUCAAUCUCCCUCCCUCUCCCUCUUUCCACCUCAAAAUCAUCUCCGAUGUCUCUGAAUCCAACGUACUCGCCUCUCUCGCCGCAUAUCUUCAGAGCUUCCGCGCCGCCGUCACCAAAUCCUUGGCCAAUUUCAUCGAUCAAGCCCUAAUUUCAAGUUCCGAUGAAGAAAUUCCUCCCACUCUCAUCGUUUACGAUUCUGUUAUGCCCUGGGUGCAGACUGUUGCUGCAGAGCGAGGUCUCGAUACGGCUCCGUUUUUCACUCAAUCUGCUGCCGUUAAUCACGUUCUCCUGCUCGUCUAUGGAGGAUCUCUAAGUAUUCCGCCACCGGAGAAUGUGGCGGUUUCGCUUCCGGCAGAGAUCGCUCUUCAGCCGGGAGAUCUGCCGGCGUUUCCUGAUGAUUCUGAAGUGGUUUUGAAGUUCAUGACCAGUCAGUUCUACAAUCUGGAGAAUGUGAAGUGGAUUUUCAUCAACACGUUUGAUCGCCUCGAGUCCAAGGUUGUUAACUGGAUGGCAAAAACAUUGCCUAUCAAGACAGUGGGACCAACCAUUCCAUCGGCAUAUCUAGACGGUCGGUUGGAAGAUGACAAAGCCUACGGUUUGAAUGUCUCAAAAUCCAACGGCGGAAAGAGCCCCAUCAAGUGGUUGGACUCAAAAGAAACUGCUUCAGUUGUUUAUAUUUCAUUUGGAAGUUUGGUCAUCUUAUUAGAAGAACAAGUUAAAGAACUGACCAAUUUACUUAGAGACACUGAUUUUUCCUUCUUAUGGGUCCUAAGAGAAUCAGAAUUGGAAAAGCUUCCUAACAACUUUCUACAAGACACAUCAGAACGUGGCCUAAUUGUGAACUGGUGCUGUCAACCACAAGUUCUAUCUCAUAAGGCUGUAAGUUGUUUUGUGACUCACUGUGGUUGGAACUCGACGCUCGAAGCAUUGAGCUUGGGGGUGCCGAUGGUUGCAAUCCCACAGUGGGUUGAUCAGACGACGAAUGCUAAGUUCAUCGCAGAUGUUUGGGGAGUCGGAAUUCGAGUGAAGAAGAAUGAGAAAGGUAUUGCUACAAAGGAAGAACUAGAAGCCUCCAUCAGAAAAAUUGUUCAAGGAGAAAGGGCAAAUGAGUUUAAACAGAAUUCAAUCAAGUGGAAGAAUUUGGCUAAAGAAGCUGUGGAUGAAGGAGGCACUUCUGAUAAACACAUUGAAGAAUUUGUCCAAGCAAUUGUUGCAUCAAACUAGAUAGACUCGAGAUUUGAUCGUGUCGUUUGUGGAAAAGUUUGUUGUGAAAAGAACCCGAGAAACAAAGGUGAAACAAGAAAAAAUGGAGAUAAGCAGUGCAGUUCAGUUUUCAAAGACAACUUUCACUAAUUGGUUGAUUGUCAGAGUUCUAACGGUUGGAUCGUGUUGAAAUUUGGUCAGUAUGUUCAGGACACCUAGAGUCUCAUUUUCAACGGUUGGAUCGUCGUUUUGAACUUUAGUUUAUUCGCCGUCGCUGUCAAACAUAAGUAGUUUUUUUUGUUUUUUUUCUAUUUUCUUUUAGAAUUUUCUAAAUUCUAGGGU